GCUGGGGUUCCGAAGUGUCCGGUACGAGAGAGGAAGGUUGAAGUGGCAAGAGUCCGAGUAGUGCAGAGGAUGUUGAAUGCUGAUGCAGUGAAGUUGAGGGGUAGUUUCCCAUCCUCCCAGGCCGUUGGCAUGGUGCAGAAGCAGAUAGUGUAAAGGUAAUGGAAUGGGGGUGGUGGGUUUUAGUGUAGGUGGUAGCUGCAGUGAAAUAGGCUACCUGUUUACAUGUAAGUAUUUUAUUGUAGAAGAGGUGAUUUGUAUUUUUAUGAAAUAGUGUUAUUUAGGUGUAGGGUUAGUUGUUGGUGCAGGUUUUUCCUUUUAGGGACAGGAAUAAUUAAAUUAAUUUGACUGGCCUCAAACUUUGGUACAGUAGGUGGCGGUGUAUGCACCUUUAAAUUGGAUGCGAUCCGCAAACCAAUCCCAAAGAAGAAGAAAAAGACAGCUUCUGUUUGCCCGCUGUUCGUAUCAAAAGCAUCACCUCCUAGGCCCGUGUCGUCGUUUUUCUAGUAUCAUCUAUCGCCCAGCCAUCAUGUCGUCCAGAACAUUUUUCGUAGGAGGAAACUGGAAGAUGAACGGUGACAAGAAAAGCCUGGGCGACCUCAUAACGACCCUGAACACCGCAAGCCUCCACGAUGAAACCGAGGUGGUGUGUGGCGCUCCCACCGUCUACCUCGACUUUGCCCGCUCGAACCUGGAUGCCAGGAUCGGUGUGGCCGCACAGAACUGCUACAAAGUCGCCAAGGGGGCUUUCACUGGCGAGAUCAGCCCUGCGAUGAUAAAGGACUGUGGCGUGGAGUGGGUGAUUCUGGGCCACUCGGAGAGGCGUCAUGUGUUCGGGGAGAGCGACGAGCUGAUUGGUCAGAAGGUGGCCCACGCCCUGGAGAGUGACCUGGGGGUGAUCGCCUGCAUCGGAGAGAAGCUGGAGGAGAGGGAGGCUGGAACCACAGAGGAGGUGGUGUACGCCCAGACCCAGGCCAUCGCAGACAACGUGAAGGACUGGAGCAAAGUGGUGCUGGCUUACGAGCCUGUGUGGGCCAUCGGUACCGGGAAGACGGCCUCACCCGAGCAGGCCCAGGAGGUGCAUGAGAAACUGAGGGAGUGGAUCAGAGCCAACGUCUCUGAGGCCGUGGCCGACUCUGUCCGCAUCAUCUACGGAGGCUCAGUUACAGGGGCCAACUGCAAAGAGCUGGGCUCCCAAAACGACGUGGACGGCUUCCUGGUUGGCGGAGCCUCCCUCAAGCCAGAGUUUGUUGACAUCAUCAACGCGCGUGCCUAGAGCGCACAAGAGCAACCUAACCUGCUGCUAGUAGUGUCCUGUGACUGUCCCUCUUCCCAGAGUCUCUGUGUGACAAUGUCUUACCUGUGUUUUUGUGUCUGUUAACAAGGGACUAUUUGACUCACUUUGUACUACACAGUAGUUUAGGCCCGCCACAGUAAAAGUCUCCAUUGGUUGAUGCAGAUGGUAUUCUAUGUGUUGAGGAUGGGACUUUUUACAUUGGAACGGCCCUUUGGAUGCAAGUUCCUAACAACUGCUAUAUCAGUAUACAUUCUAAAAUAUAUUCUUCUGAUAUAUUAAUAAGCACUGCACUUGAUGUUCCACACUGGAUAUGUGUUCACUCACAACUGUAGAGGGACCAGUACUUAGUGUAUUGCUAGUGACUGUACAAGUUGCUAGAAGCACAGUCAUGCACGCGCUUGGUUUAGUCCUGCCCUUUCUCUCCUAUUGGUUGAAGCACAUGUCAAUAAUUUUUUCCAGCAAAAGACUGUCAAGACAAACCCACAAGGCGGAAGACUACUUGAAUAAAUGGUUUAGUCUGUGCUGUGAA